UAUGUUUCUAACAAUGGAAUAUGUCUGUAAAACAACUUUGUCUUCAAUGCUGUAUGUGAUGAGCCUGUGAGGUACUCAUGCUGAUAUUAUCUACACUUUACAAAAGAAUAAACUGAGAACCAUAGAAAUUGUAUGCACCACAUCUUAUAGAAGAUUCUUGGUUGUAGGCUUCUGAUGAUGAGGCUUCUUCCAAGGAGGGAUCUCUGCAGUUAGGGCUAGGAGCAUCGCAGGAUCAGUCUGUGGGUAGCUUCAACCACAACCACCAAAGACAGAGUAUGAUGUUGACACAACCAAUGAGGAACAGCAUUGCUGUCAUCCCACUACCCCGCCCUCAUCGUGGUAACCUGCAGCCUUCGUGAAACUCAGGGAUCUCACCACGCUGUGGGCGUCCACGUGGGGCUCCUCGCGCAGUGACCCCUGACGCCGAGCUCUCGGCCACAACCGCAGAGUUGGAAUCUUGCAACGGAGGAUGAGGGCCUCAACCGAGGAAGUAGCGCCAGUCCAUAUGUCGGAGCUGCGAAACCCUGAAUCAAGGACACGGCGCAUCCAGAUGUCGGAGCUGCAAGGCUCUGAACCAAGGGCAGGGCUCAUCCAGAUGUUAGAGCUGCAAGAACCUGAACCAAGGUCACCACAUGGGAUAAUACGAACCAAGAAGCAUACACGUCAUAAGACAUCGUCUCACAUUGUGUUGAAAGAAGAAACCAGAAUGAUGGGGGCUGCCCAAGUAAUGAUUGGUCUGAUCCACUGUGUUCUGGGAUAUUUCUGGAUAUACUUAUAUGUCAGAGAAUUUGAAUCAGUUUCAAUAAAUUACCUGCCUUUAACAUUGAUGUCAGGAUACCCAUUUUGGGCAUUCUUGUUUUUUAUCAUAUCAGGAAUUUUUUCAAUAGAAGCAGAGAAGACACGUUCCCCAAAAUUGUUGAGGUGCUCCAUAAGGACAAAUACCUACAGUUCUACCCUUGCAAUGAUUGGCCUAUUUCUAAUUGGAUUUGAAAUUACAUUCUUUUUAAUCAAACGAGAAAAAAUUAUAUGGAUUCAGCAAAGUGGAAUGAUGCUUUCUGGGUAUUUGUGGCUAUUCUCCUUGUUGGAGCUCUUCCUGGCAAAUAUAGUGAACAGUUGGAUAAACCAAGCAUUUUAUCAUGGCAGUAAUCUCAUAUAAUGUUCAUGAUACAAGAGAAUGCUUUUAUUACAUGGUGAAGAACAGAACCAUCAUGGCCUCAGCCCAGAAUGAAAAUUUUAAUGGUGAAUGAAGGAAGAGCAUCAUCAUUUUGUUCAGGCAACUUUCUAGAAACACAUUUUUGUAAAGUUUGUCCCAAUGUUUCUU